AUGUUGUUAGUUGUCAAUAUAUAUUUUAGCUGGAAGCCGGUUGUUUGGUCUCGCUCUCCCUGUGCUAUCUUUAUGUCCACAAUCCUGGACAUUUUUUGGUCCUUUGCCGUUUAAAAUGAUCACGCGAUCUAAGACCAAACAGCUAGUAACACCAGCAAAAAGUGCUGGCAAGGCGCGCUCGGACUUGGGAGCUGCGGGCGGGCCCGGCCGGUCCACGAAGAUGGACACCGUUUCGGCCGGCGCCACCGUUUCGCCCGCAUCUCAUGCCGCCGUCAACAACCCCGAGACGCCCGGAGCGUCGGCUGCGGGUGGGUCCGGCCAGUCCACAAAGUUGGACACCGUUUUGGCCGGCACCACCGUUUCGCCCGCACCCUACGUCUCUAAGGGCUCGGAGGGUCACGAGACGCCUCGCCAGCGCUCUACGAGUAGUGCUGAACACAUUAAUGUUGUUUCUCCCAGUAACAGGUCGCGCGUGUCGUCUUCUCGCUCAUCAGCCACAAUAAAGGCACUGAGGUUGAACGAGGAGGCCCAAUUGGCCCGUCGCAGCCUGGAGCGUGAGCAGCAGCUAUUCGAGCGCGAGCAAUCGCUCGUGCAACUACAACGCGAACAGGAGGUCGCACGCCAGCGGCUUGACUUUGAACGUAAGCUCUUCGAACAAGCUAAGCGAGUGGAAGAGCUCGAAAUAGAAGCAAGACUGGCAACCCAAGAAGUGGAUGAACGAACCAACACUCAUACGGUCAGUCAAUCUUAUUCACGUACUGCGUCAUGGGUCCGCGACGUGAGCCGUAGCGGCCGUCGCCCCAUUGACAACAAUGCCGAUACGGCCCUUACAAAUAUUCCGCCUACGAGCGCAUUGUCUUCUGCGGUUCCCGUUCGCGAGAGAGAUUGUGAUUUUGAACCCAAUUAUGUUCAAACAAAUAAUAUAAACAAUUCUGCAAAACCACAUUUCUCUCAAGAACGAGACACCUUACCUCACAAUAAUUUCAUAAAUGAUGUGAUUGCGUCGAAUCGCAAUCAUGAAAAUAGAGAGAUACGUCAUAUUUCUGAAAAUCAUGAACGUAAUAUUUCUGAAAAUCAUGAAAUUUAUCGCGAUGUCAACAUAAAACCCGUGACAUUUGAAAUACCGAUAAAUGACAAUCCAAAUUUAUUGCAAACCUCUACGAGCAAUAAAAAUAAGACACUGUCAACAAUGCAGUCGCUUGACAACCCAAACAAACAAUUAUGUCAGUUACCGUCAAAUCAACCCGAGACUUGUUUUUAUUCACAAAAUAGGUGCUCGCAUAAACUGCAACUCACUCCUUUCAGCGAAAACCUGGUGCGCCUGAGCGGCGCGCUGCGCGGCCAGGCCCUCGAGGCCGUGUCUUCGCUCCUGUACACGUCGGAGCGGCCCGAAGAAGUGCUACACGUACUAGAGCAGACCUUCGCGCUCCCGGAGAUGCUCGUUUUACACGAAAUUCACCUAGUACGGAACCUCCCAAAGCUAAGCUUCGAUCAAAAAGAUAUUACUAAUUUUGCUAGUAGAUUACGCAAUUGCUUAGCAGUAAUUAGAAAUUUAGACCAAAUAGAGCAUUUGUAUUCCGUCGAACUCUUGCAUAGCGUCAUUUCCAAACUGACGCCUAUAUUGUAUAGUCAGUGGAAAGAAUUUGCGUACAAAAGUGACAGAUCUGUGCCUAAAAUACAGUUAUUAUCUGAAUUUCUCGAUAUUGAGGCAAUAAAACACAAUCGUUUCGGUUUGAUACCUGAUUAUGCCCGAAAGCCUGGCACUGUUAUGCCCGAGUUAGGUAGGCGGUCCGGCACAUUUAUGCCAGAGGUAGGUAGGCGGUUUGGCACAUUUAUGCCAGAGGUUGGCAGGCAAACCAGCGACUUCACGUCAGGUUUAGGUAGGCGAAGCGGUGGUUUUAUUUCAGACUCAGGUAGGCGGCCUGGUAAUAACUAUAAUAAUUACACACACAAACCUACACGAAGUGAAAAUGUUAAUGUGACAUCUGUGAGUGACUCAUACAGUGAAUUAUGUCGUUAUUGUAAUAAAAAACAUGAACUUACGGACUGUCAGGAUUUUAAAUCGCUGACACUAGAUGAUAAAUGGAUUUGGUUGCGUGAAGCAAAAAUAUGUUCUAAGUGUUUGAUAUCAAAAUCACAUCGGUGGAAGACGUGCAAGGUAGGUAGAUGUGGUGUUGACGGGUGCGAACGUUUUCAUCACCCACUGUUGCAUUCAGCGGCCACGCCUCACGUUGUCAAUACUGUCGGGGAGUCUUCGUCUCCCUCCAGCGAUGUUGUUGAACAUAAACUGCCUGAUAACACCAUUAAUAUUUCUAACGUCACUGACGAUAUGUCAAAUACACAAACUCAAGUGUUUUUAAGAGUUAUUCCGGUUGAAGUGAGUGGCCCUCAAGGGAAAUAUGACACAUACGCAUUACUUGAUGACGGAUCCAUGUCCACCUUGAUCGACUGGGAGGUGGCGCGCCACAUUGGAGCGACUGGCCCCAUGCAGUCAAUCAAGGUUGACGGAGCUUGUGGAAUGUCAGCAUACAAACCUAUACAACAUGUCAGCUUUUCUAUUAAAGGUAAACAAUGUUCUGAAACAUACACGGUGAACCACGCUAAGGCCGUUGAGUCAUUGUCAUUAUUUACACAAACUGUCAACCAAAUUGACAUUACAAAAUAUUCACACUUGGCUGAUUUAGUGGAUGUUCUUACAAUAUCAGAUGCUACACCUAAAGUCCUACUUGGUGCCGAACACUGGUACCUAACGAUCAACCGUGAACUUAGGGAAGGUAAACAAACCGACCCGAUCGCCACACGUACAGCUUUAGGUUGGGUAUUUCACGGACCACAGACUAAGUCCAGCAGUUUGGUUAAGCCUGUAUAUUUUAUAAACCACAUUUCGCAAAAUGAAAAAGGUAAUGGUGAUACCACUAUGGAUGAACUGGUAAAAGAUUAUUUUCGGCUUGAUGCUAUAGGUAUUUCUAAGUCUGAAAACACAUACUCUAACGAAGACAAACAUGCUUUAGAGAUUUUAGAAUCCACGGCCAAACGUUUGCCGUCAGGUAGGUUCGAAGCAGGUCUUUUAUGGCGCAAUAAUAUACCGGACAUACCUGACAGUUACCCUCAUGCGUUUUCGAGGUUCCAAGGGUUGGAAAAGCGAAUGGCUCGAGAUUCUAAGCUUAAGAAAGAUUAUUGCGCUUUUAUCGAUAACAUGAAGUCAAAAGGUUAUGCCGAAGAGUGUCAGAAAGAAUCUUAUCAUAACAAGAUUAACACAAUUGAUACACACAAAAGUUUACGUUGGUAUUUACCUCACUUUCCUGUCAUACACCCUCAAAAACAGAAACUGCGUGUAGUGCAUGACGCAGCUGCAAAGACUUCGGGAGUCAGCUUGAACUCGCUUCUGCUCCCGGGGCCUGAUCUCUUGCAGUCACUGCUAUAUAUAUUAUUUCGUUUUCGUGAAGGUCACGUUGCGAUGACAGCUGAUGUAAAGGAAAUGUUUCCACAAAUUAGGAUUAGGCAGGAAGACCGUGACGCUUUACGUUUCAUUUGGAGGGAUGAUCCUCGCUAUGAAUUAAAAGAAUACAGAAUGACUUCUGUUAUUUUCGGUGCUGUAUGCAGCCCUUGUACUGCUUUAUUCAUAAAAAAUCGUAAUGCUCAGGAAUUGCAAACAUCUUACCCCGCCGCCGCAAAAGCCAUCAUUCGUGAUCAUUACAUGGAUGAUUAUUUAGGAAGCCUUGACAGUUUACACGAAGCUGCGCAACUUGCUGCCGACAUAGUAACGGUUCAUAAAGCGGCAGGCAUGGAGAUGCGUGGUUGGGUUUCUAACAUACCCGCUGCACUUGCGUCUAUACCUGAAGAUUUACGUGCUCCUCUACCCGAAGAUGUUCAGGUAGGACCUGAGGCCUUUGUAAGAACUUUAGGUCUUAUUUGGCAUCCUAAUAGUGACACAUUCAGCUUCCGUAUCGGUUCUCCAAUACCUGAACAAGACAAGUUAACGAAAAGGAAAGUAUUGUCUUACCUUAUGUGCGUGUACGACCCUCUCGGUCUCUUGACUCCGUUAGUUAUUCAAGGUCGUAUUUUAUUUCAGCAGACAUGGCGAACUGGUAUAGAUUGGGACACUGAGCUGCAAGAAGAUGCCAUUCAAAAAUGGCAAGCUUGGUCUCAACAACUGGCUAGCACCACAAGUGUCAAAAUUCCUCGCUGGUACAGAUGUGGGUUUCAAGAUGAGGCGAUCCACGACAGACAGCUACAUAUAUUUGCAGACGCAAGCGAAGAAGCGUACGCGUGCGUUGCAUAUUGGCGCUUUACGUUCGCGAACGGUUCUGUGAAGCUGUCUCUCAUUGGUGGAAAGGCCCGACUGAGUCCUUUGAAACCUGCGUCUAUACCUCGUCUUGAACUGCAGGCAAGCCUAAUAGCUGCUCGUUUCGCUAACGCGAUAUGUACCGGUCAUGAUAUUAAACCCGACGCGAUUUAUUUUUGGUCUGAUUCGACCACAGUACUUAGCUGGAUACGCAGUGACGCUCGGACAUUCAAACCAUUUGUUGCAAACCGUGUCGGUGAAAUAACCGAAAUAACUAACGUCAGCAACUGGAAAUAUGUACCAGGUGGUUUGAAUGUAGCAGAUGAUGCUACGAGAUUAAAAGAUCGUGAUAUCGAUUUAUCGCGGUGGUUCUCUGGUCCUGAUUUUUUAUUACUGCCGUUCAGUGAAUGGCCCAAAGAACCAUCGACACUAGAAACUACACCCGUCUUGGAAGAAUUAAAAUCUUCUAAGACGCAUGUAGGAGUCAUCAAUCUGGACAAACCUUCAUCGGUUUUACCAGACCAUUCACAAUUCAGUGAAUGGUUACGCUUCGUUCGGGCGACAGCACGUAUAUUUCAGUGCAUCGAUAAGUUUCGCUCUCUUUUGGCACAUAACGAUCCAAAUUCUAAAACUAAAACUAAUCCUUCUCCACGUAAGCUCCCACCACUGUCCGCCGAGCAGAUGCAGAAAGCCGAAAUUGCCAUUCUACGUCAGACGCAGACAGACUUAUUCGGUGAAGAGUUUGCCUUGCUCCGCGAAUCCAAGCCAUUACCCAAGUCAAGCAAGCUCUAUCCUCUCUGCCCGGUUAUUGAUGAAGAUGGCCUCCUCAGACUGGACAGUCGUAUAAAGCACAUGAAGAACGUUGACUAUGCCACUACCUCGCCUAUUAUUCUCGAUGGCCGUCACCCAGUGGUUCGUCUUCUUAUACGGCACUACCACGUCCAAGCUGCACAUGCCUUCAACGAGCUGGUGAUUAAUGAGCUCAAACAAAGAUUUUGGAUACUUCGGUGCCGUAGCGAAGUGCGCAUGGUUGCCAGAAGAUGCGCUUAUUGUAUAAAACGCAAGGCACGACCUCACAUCCCACCAACCGGCGACAUACCAGAAGUACGCCUAGAGCACCACAAACGCCCGUUCACGAACACCGGGCUAGACUAUUUCGGUCCAGUCGAAGUGUCAAUCGGUCGGCGAAGAGAAAAACGAUGGAUAGCUCUCUUUACCUGCAUGACGACACGAGCAGUUCACCUUGAGAUAGUUGCCAGUCUAUCAGCCGAUUCUGCCAUCAUGAGUAUACGUCGCUUUGCUGCACGUCGUGGACUUCCAAACAAGAUACUCUCCGACAACGGGACUUGCUUUGUUGGCGCUAACAGACAACUGUGCGAGUUUUAUAGCAACGCCGUACAAGACUUUGCCGCCAGCAAACAGAUAGAAUGGUGCUAUAUUCCUCCCGCAUCGCCAUUCAUGGGUGGUUGCUGGGAAAGACUUGUCAAGACAGUUAAGACAGCCCUGCUUGUCACUUUAAAAGAAAGAGCCCCACGAGAAGAACUCCUCCAUACCUUGCUGUUAGAGGCAGAGGGUCUCAUUAAUUCGCGGCCUUUGACAUAUGUCACGGAAAACAAAGAGAUAGAAAGCCUCACACCGUCCCAUUUUUUGAUAGGCACAUCCUCGCCUCAACAGCUUCCAAGAGUUCUCGAAGAUGGCGUAUUUGUGGCCAAAAAAGAAUGGCAAAAAGUGCUAAGACUGUCGGAAUACUUUUGGUCUAGAUGGUUAAAAGAGUACCUACCCCUGCUAAGACCAAGAAGAUCUGAUGGAAGACAGUAUAGAAAUCUUGAGAUAAACGACAUCGUCCUGGUGGUUGACCCGGAUCUGCCAAGAGGAGUCUGGCCUUUAGGUCGAAUAUUGCAAGUGUUUCCGGGCAGAGAUGGAAUCGUCAGAGUGGCUGACGUGGCCACCAAAGGGGGCAUAUUAAGAAGGCCCGCCAGAAAACUUGCGCGACUCAUGUGCGAUGAUCUUGUGUAGCUUCGCUACACGGGGGGGAUGAUGUCGCAGACGAUAGGUUGUAUAUCUGUAUACUUUUUAUACCUUUUAUUUAUGGUUUUUUACAAUGACGUUUAUGUAUAUAUUUUGUUUUCUCGUUUGAUGUUUUUAGUUGUCAAUAUAUAUUUUAGCUGGAAGCCGGUUGUUUG